AUGAAACUCUAUAGUGAAUCCAUUCAAAAGACUCAGUCGGAGCCAGAAGCGGAACACCCUGUUCAGCCAUGGUAUGGAAGAUUCUCCAUCGAAGAGGGUGGCAUCGAACGGGUCACCGAUGAAGAGCGGAUACAGAAUACCACCAGAUUUUGGAAUGCCGCUACUUUCUGGUUCAGUGCCAACAUGGCAGUGGCUACACUCAACAUUGGCUCCCUAGGAGGCUCACUUGGCCUCUCUUUCUGGGACUCUUUCGUCGUCAUCUUGGUAGUGAAUAUAGUAAGCGAUUUUCUUCCAGCAUGGACGGCAGUAUUCGGAUUGACGGGAUUGCGCAUGACAACUUUCUCGCGAUACUCAUUCGGCUAUUGGGGCAACAUGCUUGUUGUCAUAUUCUCAAUGAUAGCAACAACAGGUUGGAACGCAAUCAACUCUAUCUCUGGAGCAGUCGUCCUCAACGCCCUUUCCGAUGGCCGGUUUCCCACAUGGGCCGGUGUGAUAGUCAUAUGUGUAUCUGUUUGGGUGAUAUGCAUUCUUGGAAUUGGCUGGAUUCACAAACUCGAUACAUUUAUCUGGAUUCCCCCGUUGAUUGUGUGGUGUGUGGCAGCAGGUACGGGUGCAUCUCAUUUCACUGGAGAUGAUCAUGCCGGUCUGAGAGGAUCUGAUAAAGCUGCUGCUAUACUGACGUAUGGAGCGGCAAUAUUUUCCUUCUCUGUCUCUUGGGUUAACUGUGCUGCUGACUACAAUGUGCGGAUGCCUAAAGGUACUCCACAAUGGCACAUCUUCAGUGCUACGUAUGUUGGAAUUUUCAUUCCUACUGUACUUGUUCAGACUCUAGGUGCUGCUUUGUAUACAGGGACCAUGACUGAUGCGGCGUGGAAAGAAGCUUAUACAGAUUCUUCAAUUGGGGGUCUUUUGAAAAUGGCAUUGAAGCCUGCUGGGGGAUUCGGCAAGUUCUUGAUGGUUCUAGCAGCAUUGAGCUCCAUCCCCAACAAUAUUCCAAAUAACUAUUCAUUUGCCCUUCAUGCACAGAACAUGGGGCCAUGGGCUCUACGUAUUCCCCGUGUGGUUCUAGUCACGUUUGGAUCCAUUGCAGCGGUGAUAAUUGGCUGUUUUGCGGCUAGAUAUUUCUCUGAUACCCUGCAAACACUGCUUAGUGUCAUCGGAUAUUGGACUGUCAUUCAUAUUACACUGGUUAUGGAAGAGCAUUUCAUUUUCCGAAGGGGAUGGAACGGAUAUAAUCUUGAUGCUUGGAAUAGCAUUGCGGAUCUGCCUUUUGGAUGGGCAGCAAUAGGGGCAUUCGCCUUUGGCUUCCUCGGCGCGGCACUCGGCAUGAAGGUGGCAUGGUAUGAAUCUCCUAUUGCAUCUUUGAUUGGUAGCAAAGGUGCCAAUAUUGGACAUGAAUUGACAUUUGCCUUUUCGGGUGUCACUUUUCCACUGUUUCGGUGGAUUGAGAAACGACAUGGAGGCAAGUGA